UCUACAACGAGAGGUCUUCAGUGUUAGAAUAGCUAUCAUUAACCAUCAAGGAACGGUUUGCGCUGCGCUUACUGAGCACCUCACAUCCGAUAUGACGGGAUCACAACUCCCGGGGCAAGCGGCCCCGGCCAGCAAUGAGCACCACAAUAACCACCGUUCCCCUACACCGGAAGAAGCAGACCGGCUCGCCCUACAAAGACAAAAAUCGAUAGAACAAGCCAUCGACGAGGGUCACGACGCCGACAUCCCAUCCGACAUCGGCUACGUGCUAGACGAACAAGGCGAGAAGCGGCGUAAAGAUGCCAUCCGGCGCAACUCUCUCGCCCGGGCACGGAGUCAUGCCAGCCACACUACUAGCCACCACCAUCAUGAUCACGACGUAGAAAAGGAAGCAGCCGGGGACUCAUCAGGCGCCGUUACCUCCUCCUCAGAAGAGGACGAAGCCAACAUAAUCUGGUGGACAGAAAACGACCCCGAGAACCCUUUCAACUGGCCCCGGUGGGUAAAAAUCCUCAACGUCGGGCUCAUCAGCGCGCAAACGUUCAUUGCCCCCUUAGCCUCCUCCAUCUUCGCUCCCGGCGUCCCCUCGGUAAUGAAAGAAUUCCACAACUCCUCCCCGGAACUGGCCUCCUUCGUGGUGUCGGUGUACAUCCUCGGCUUCGCGGCGGGACCGCUGGUGAUCGCCCCCCUGAGCGAGAUUUAUGGAAGGCUGAUUGUUUACCACGGGUGCAACGUGUGUUUUAUUGCGUUUUUGAUCGCUUGCGCCGAGGCGCCGAGUUUUAACGCGCUCAUCGCGUUCCGGUUUUUGUCGGGCAUUUUUGGUUCUUGCGCGGUGACCAAUGGCGGCGGGACUAUUUCCGAUAUGAUCACGCAGGAGAAGCGGGCGACGGCGAUGGCGCUGAUGACGAUGGGGGUCUUGCUGGGUCCCAUCAUCGCGCCCAUUAUUGGGGGUGUCAUCAGCAGCGACUCGGACCUGGGCUGGCGCUGGGUGUUUUGGAUCGUGACGAUCCUGGCGGGCGUGGUGGCGCUGUGCAUGCUCGUUUUUGGAAGGGAGUCGUACGCGCCGGUGCUGCUGCAGAGGAGGGUCGACAGGCUGCGCAAGGAGACGGGUAAUGAGAUGCUGAGGAGCAAGCUGGAUAUCGGGCUGAGCCCGAAGGAUUACUUCAAGCGCAGCAUUGUGAGGCCGCUCAAGAUGCUGGUGUUUAGCCCGAUUUGCAUCAUCUAUGCGAUUUAUAUCGCUAUCGUGUAUGGGUACUUGUACCUCAUGUUUACCACGAUUUCGAGGGUGUUUACUAACCCGGAAACUUAUAAUUUCGGCACCAAGAUCGUCGGUCUGGUCUUCAUCGGCUUGGGCGUCGGCUCCCUCAUGGGCCUCGUCUUCUUCAGCGUCGCCAGCAACCGCAUCGUGAAGGCCAAAGUCGGCCCAGACGGCAAGGGAACAUGCACCCCCGAGGAUCGGCUCAAGGUUCUCCCUGUCGGUGCCAUUUUCCUGCCCGCCGGCUUCUUCAUCUAUGGCUGGACGGCCCAGUACCAUGUCCAUUGGAUCGUGCCGGUUAUGAGCCACGCUCUGAUCGGAUUCGGCAAUAUAAUCAUUUUCAUGGCUAUUACCAUGGCCUUGAUUGAUACGUUCACCAUUUACGCUGCCUCUGCUCUGGCGGCCAACACGGUAGCGAGAAGUGUCUUCGGGGCUGUCCUUCCCAUCUUCGGCUUGCGGAUGUAUGACACCCUCGGGCUGGGAUGGGGGAACAGCCUGUUGGCGUUCAUCGCCGUGGCAUUGAUCCCGGUACCGUUUUUGCUGAUCCGGUAUGGUGCGUUGCUGCGGACGAGGUAUGAGAUCAAGAACCUCUAGGCGGAGUAGUUGAGCAUAGCGUUGAUGACGGCAUGUUGUGAUGGUGAAGAGGAUGUUUGGCUAUAUGUUCUGGAGGAUGUUUUAGUGUUGAUGUUUAUACCACAGACCUGUAUGUACAUGAUGAAAAAAGUCUCAACCUCAUUGGAAUUUCAUAGUUCCCAAAUCGACUUCCACAUGUGAUCCAUCGUCAAUGACUCGUGGUGCAGAUGCCCUGAACCUAGCUGAACCUGGAAUCGUGGAGCCUGUUUACUGGCUGGCUGGCUGGACAACAGCCCCAGAGCUG